AUGUUCAACACACGCAAGUUCUCCAUGAACCGGAACACGGGUGUUCCCAGAAGACGAUUCAGUGUUGGAGACCCCAGCGCCAAUGAGACAAGCUCCAAGAUUCACCGUCAGUUCCGUGCCGCUAACCCGGGCCAUCUCCCGCAUGCCGGUCUUGACCCCAGCCGAGCCUCCACCGGUGUCGUCUGGUGUACGGAGCGAGCCGCCGAGUUUGGCUUUCUUGAUGAGCCUGACAAAUGGGCCAACCUAGGCCAGGGUGCCCCGGAGGUCGAGGACGACAUUGAGGGGUCUUUCCAGCGCCCCACCACCAUAGAUGUCUCUGUCGCCCUCCGAGAGUACGGCCCCACAGCCGGUAUCAAGCCGCUCCGCGCUGCCGUCGCAAGAAUGUACAACGAUAUGCAUCGUCAGGGAAAGGAAAGCCAGUACUCCUGGGAGAACGUUGCCAUCGUCCCUGGUGGACGAGCGGGCUUGAUUCGCAUUGCCGCUGUGCUUAACAAUGCCUAUGUCGGUUUCUUCAUUCCUGACUACACAGCAUACAACGAGAUGUUGUCGCUCUUCAAGAACGCAAGUCACCCGAGCGCCACCCCUUUUGCUGCCAUCCCUACGCCUCUUUCCGAGGAGGAUGGCUACCACAUCCACCCGGAUGUCAUUGCCCAGGAGAUUAAGCGAGGAACCUCAGUCAUCCUGACCUCGAACCCGCGAAACCCCACGGGGCGAGUGGUCGCCAACCCCGAGCUGGCUGAGAUCCAGGAUAUCUGCCGUGGACGAGCUACGCUCAUCAGCGAUGAGUUCUACUCUGGCUACAACUACACCAGUGACUGUGAUGGAUCGACCAUCUCCACUGCUGAGAACAUUGAGGAUGUGGACGAGGACGAUGUCCUCAUCAUUGAUGGACUGACUAAGCGCUUCCGCCUUCCGGGCUGGCGUAUCGCUUGGAUCCUGGGACCCAAGGAGUUCAUCAAGGCGAUCGGCUCUUGUGGUUCGUAUCUCGACGGAGGAGCCAAUGCUCCUUUCCAAGAAGCGGCCGUCCCGAUGCUGGAGCCGUCACUCGUGCGACAGGAGAUGAUAGCGCUCCAGAGACACUUCCGCGACAAGCGAGACUACGUCGUGAAGCGACUGCGAGACAUGGGCUUCGUGAUCAAGUACGUGCCGGACAGCACGUUUUACCUCUGGCUCAACCUGGAGGGCCUGCCCGGCCCCAUCUCCGACGGUCUGAACUUCUUCCAGGCCUGUCUGGAAGAGAAGGUCAUCGUCGUGCCCGGUAUCUUCUUCGAUCUCAACCCGGCUCGUCGUCGUGACCUGUUCGACAGUCCCUGCCACCACUUCGUCCGCUUCUCCUACGGUCCCCGCAUGGACCAGCUGAAGAUGGGCUGUGAUGGUAUCGAACGCGUGGUCGGCAAGUUCAAGAAGUUCAAGGAUUAA